CACAAACAUGGCUCCACAUGUCGAGGCACUGCUGCCAUAACCUUGGUUGAUCAGCUUCUUCGUUUGAGACAACCCUAAAAGAGCAACAUGCAGGCUGCCAUGGACAUCACGGCAAAGUAUUGCCACAAAGAAAUGGAGGCAUAUGGUUUAUGUGUGACCUCCAACCCAUCAACAUGGCAGCAGAAAUGUUAUGAUCUGAAGAUGAAGGUUGCACAGUGCACAUCAUCACACCCGGUGAUCCAAAAGAUCAGACAGGGUUGCUCCACAGAGUUUGCAGAGUUUGAGCGCUGUCUGAGAGAAAACCAGGACAAACCUACCUCCUGCUCACCACAUGUGGCUCGCUUCCUGGGCUGUGCAGAGACAGUAGACCUCAGUGGAGUUGAUGCAGUUCCUCAGCCAUCGUAGCAUUCAGACCUCUACCUUUGGAUUACUUCUGUCUGCACAGCAGCACAGAUGUGCUGGUUUCACCUGGCUCCCAGCGGUGUUACUGUAUGUACAGUAACUGUUAGGAUAUCUGUUUUCCUCUGUGUGUCUCAAAGCUGGGGUUGGCAGUUUUUGGUCUUUUUUUUUUGUUUUUUUUUUGGUGUCACAGGGCAAAAAUCCCUUAAUAAACUUUGAGCAUAUUGUAAUUCAAGUGGACUGAGAGAACACCUGACUUCUGCACCUUCUCUUGGCUCUGUUCUCAGACUUUAGUAAAUCUACGCUGUGACGGGAGAGCUUGGCCAAUCACUGGUCAUUUUAGAGAAAAAGCAUUCCUGUUGGCUGCUCUAUAAAUGGACAUGCACGUCUCUUCAGUGAAAGUAUUAUUUAGUGACAAAGAAGUCUGCAGAGAAAGUCUCAAUUGGUAACAACUGCCUAAACUGCAAAGUAACCUGAAAAAGGAAGACAGAUUUAUCAAAAAAAAAGUAUAAACAUUAUAUUGGUGAAGUGUCCUUCGCCUCAUUCCUUGCUGGUAGGAGAGUGGGCAGCAGCUCUGGGGACUGACCCCCAGUCAGCGGCUCCAGCAACCCGAAUCCAGCCAGCGCGAACCCCAGCUCCGGGGGACAGGACAGCCCCAACCUCCUGACGGUUCAGCCAACUUUCAGUUGGUGCUGUUACACAGUGCGCUACCAGCCACCUCACAUCCGGUGCUAAGGGGUUUGGACUGGCCAAAAUCAAGCCGCUACAGCCACCAACUGAAGGUCUGUGUCCCACACUGCUGCCUGCUCUCCUACAUGGGACAUAAACUACAGCGACAGGGAGUGAGGCGGAGGGACUUUUGGGUGGCUUGAUUGCUAAUUUUUAUCUAAUUUCUGCUCUGAUAAACAGAAAGAGAAAGUGAGAGGAGCAAGGAAGAGCUGAGCAAAUGCACUUUGCUCAAUUCUACAGUUAUUUAAGAUUAAAUAUAUGAAUGUAUGGGAAACACAGGCUAACUGUAUAAAGCAGGUGCAUUUGUGUGUGGUCUUCUGGUGGGAGGGGCUUAGGACAGAGAGAGCAGAACUGCAGGAAGAGGGUGUAUUGUCAAAGUCUGAUGGAUUUUUUUUUUUUUUUUGCCUUUUCCAGAUUUCUGACUACCCCAGCCUUCUCAUACUUAUGUAAAUGUAUUUAUGUGAAAAUAACAUUUAUACUUGCCUGUGUGCAGGAAGUCUGUUUUGUUUUGUUUUUUUUACAGAUUUUUAUCAAACCAUCUCAUUAAAAUUGACAUCAGACUUGUAUUACUCAUGUGGUGUGUUCACCCUCUGUUGUUUUCUGUUGCUUGGGCCUGUCCCUCCCUCCCUUGCCCUCUCCAGGUCUGAGUCAGAGUCAAAUAUUAAACUGGAAUGUAUUGCUCCCACACUAGCUCUCCUGACUACUCAGUGACUGAGAAACAGGGAGUCUGGGAAGAAAAGAUCAGGAGGAGGCUGUCCACUUCUAAUCAGCGGGACUACUGAGAGAGACAGAGGGAGGAUGUUGAGUUAUGAGCCCUGUGACCACUAAGCAGAACAGACCUUUUCUGGUUCAAUUAUUAAAGCUUUG